AGCCUUCCGCUGCCUCAGAGGGGUCGAUCCCUCCGCCAGCCUCUUUCUUCCAGCCUGUGAGAAGGGAGAAAGUUCCUUCGAUAAAGCGCUUGCGGGGGCAGGUUUUAUUUUGGGCAUUAAGUCUGCCUCCCCCUCCCCCUCCCUGGCUUGGAAAGGAAGAGUCCAAGCAACGAUGCGCCGACAGGGUUUGAAACCCGCGGAGCGGAGCGCGGCAAGCUGCAGCCUUUAAACCUCCGGCGCUGUUCACCAGGGGGUCAAAAUGCUGAUAACGGUGACGCCACCCUAUGAACCUAUCACUCUCCAAUCACAGGCUCCACCUCCACCUAUUCUACCAAAACCUGGAACCGACAACCUGAGGCUACAGAAGCUUCUGAAAAAAGCAGCAAAGAAGAAGGCCACCUUAUCAGCACAAUCAACCGCAUCAUUCCGGUCUAAUCUGUCUCCUGUAAGUGAAGCUAGUCCAGACUUGGAGCACAAUGAACGCACUUCCCCACUCAAGCCAACAGAAACUGAAGCCCGCCUCACUAUCAAUCUUCCACCUCGUUUUUCAGUCAAGCCCAUCAUCCAUCAUGUUCCUUCUCCUUUUCCUAAAGCGAGACCCUUCACAUUCACAGUUACAGAACAGAGGAGUAUUUCAGAACAUCUCAAACUAACAGUGUCACCUGCCAUAUCUCCGCAUUACAGACCGACAACUCCCGAGUCACCAAGGCAAUUCACAGAGUUCCCUUCAGGCCCCCCUACUCUCUUGUCCCCUGCCUUUGUUUCUCAUGGACAUCCCAUUUCCUACACUCCUCAAGUGGAGACUCCAGUCACGGUCACUCAUGUGGCUGAAACGCAUUCCUCUUUUCAUAGUGUGCAAGCACCAAGGGUUAAGUCUCCACUAAUAGGACAGUCAGAAGAAUAUCCAAGUCGUGUUCAUUUGCAAACCAACUAUGCAGCUUCACUAUCAAGCCAGACAUAUGACACAUCUUUUGUACAGCAUCCCAGGUCACUUACACCCAAAUUAGAUGUUUCUGCACCCCCUGAACCACCCGCCAGGAAAAUGAAAACUGAAAUACUCCAUACCCCUAGGCAGUAUACCGUGGUUACAUCCCCAACUCAUCAGCUGGUCAAGCCUGUAACUCCAAGCAGCAGCAAAAGCCCUGAACCACACACUGAAGUCCAGAGACAGUCAGGCUCCAACACAUCACAGUACAUGGGGCCAGAAACAAUCCUUCCUGCACCUUUCACUGUCAGUAUGAAGGAGUUCUUGCCAGAAAAGAUAAAUCAGCAGGCUGUGUCGCCGCCGCCACCACCACCACCACCUCCAUCUGUCUCCCAAAGUCCUGCCAGCUCGUCACCCAAAUCAAAGCCAGCAGUGCCUCCCAAAAGCAAACUUAGCGGCUGGUCUCGUCUGAAAAAACACUUGGUAGUGGAACCUGACGUUCCUCAGUUCCCAGUCUCAGAAUCUGAACCAGAGCAAGGGAGAGAAAAGGCAAUAACUGAAAUCUCGGAAGUGGAUCCAGGUCAGGAGAAAAAAGGAACCAAGUCAAAAGCCAUCAAGAUGUGGGAUGCCAUCUUGUACCAGAUGACCAUCAGCAAGGAAAAAAGGCCACAAGCUGAGGAAGAAAAGGAAAUAAGAAAAGAGGGAAUGUUUUCAUUCCGGCGACGUUUACCCCUGCUUCUCCACAGGCCACGCUUUGAUGCCCGGAAACUUAAAGAGCUGGCUUCCAAACCCAUGACAAAGAUCACUACUCUGUUUGAUGUGCGUCGUAUCCAACGCCAACCACCUGAAGAAACACAGAUGGGUUUUAAUAGGAUGGCAUCUGGGUGGCAGGUGAAGGAAAGAGAGGAAUAGAUGAUUCCUUGAGAAGAUGAUCAGUAGGCUGAGAGAAUAUGAAAUAAAUCCAGAUUUUACUAAAACAGCACUUGAGAGGAGGGGAAAAUAAAAUAAAAUCCUUCAUGCAGGGUUACUGUCUAUAAUACCGAAAAA